AAAAAGCAGUUAAGCACAAACUCUGAAACUUGAGUUUUAGUCAGUUGAUCUUGGUAGUUCGCACUCGUGGUGAUAGUAGACAAAAAGUUAAUUAGUGAGUGAUAUUUAUAUUAUUAGUGAUUCCAGACUUAAAUAAUUGGUAAAUAUUUUAACUAAUUCUACUACUUCUAAUUCUACUACUUCAGAUUUGCCACAACCUUGAAACUUUUUACCGUCAAAUAGCAACUGAAAUCUAUAAAAAUGGCUAAACCUCAAAAUGGUUCGACUGAGAUGGAGAGUUUCCUGCCUCAGGACAACUCUAAUUCAAAUGGAGUCACAAAGUACAAAAUAUCAUCCAAAGGAGAUGUAGAAGCAGCUGCAAAUCAUGCAGGUUUUGAUCCAUUUAAGGCUCGACAGUUAGCUCACCCAGUCUCGAAUUGUGAUACCCUUACACAUUUAUUAAAAGCUUCUCUGGGAACUGGUAUAUUAUCUAUGCCUGCCGCUUUUAAAGCUUCUGGUCUAUCUAUGGGAAUAUUUUUAACUAUUUUUGUGUCUUUGAUAUGCACUCACUGCGCUUACGUGCUGGUAACAAGUGCGCACGAGCUGUACAAAAAGACGAGAAAAACACAAAUGGGUUUUGCUGAUGUAGCAGAACAAGCUUGCCUGACUGGUCCCCAGUGGGGACGAAAAUUUGCACCGUUUGCUAGGAACCUUAUACGUUUUGGGCUAUUCGUGACGUAUUUUAUGACCUGCAGUUGCUAUACUGUGAUCAUGGCCAAAAACUUCAACUACGUCGUCAACCACCACCUGGGAUAUGACGUGGAAAUUAGGAUAACAAUAGCAAUUAUGAUGGUUCCUCUUAUUCUAUUGGCCUACGUACCUAACUUGAAAUAUUUAGCUCCAUUUUCCAUGGUUGCUAAUGGAUUCAUGGCUGUAGGAUUAGGAAUUACGUUUUACUACCUUGUGAUUAACCUCAAACCCGUUUCUGAAGUUGCUAUGAUAGCGGAUGUUGGUACCAUGCCUGUGUUCCUCAGCAUUACAAUAUUUGCCAUUGAAGCAAUUGGUGUGAUUAUGCCAUUGGAAAAUAAUAUGGGAACUCCUCAGUCUUUCAUCGGUUUAUGUGGAGUAUUGAAUCAAGGAAUGAGCGGAGUUACCUUAGUAUACAUACUCAUCGGGUUCUUUGGAUAUCUUGCUUUUGGAGACCAGGUUGAAGGAUCAGUUACCUUAAAUCUACCUAAAGAAGCCAUUGCUGCCCAACUCGUCAACGUUCUAGUCGGUGGAGCGGUAUUCUGCACCUUUGGACUGCAAUUCUACGUCUGCAUCGACAUCGCUUGGAACGCCAUCAAAGACCGCUACGCUAAAAGUGAAAAAGUGGCCAACUACAUCAUGCGCACGGUGAUGACCUUCGUAUGCGUCGUCCUAGCAAUCGCCGUACCCACCAUCAUACCAUUCGUGUCACUCAUCGGUGCCUUCUGCUUUUCAAUUCUGGGAUUGGCCGCUCCAAUCUUGAUCGAAAUGCUGACAUUCUGGGAAAAAGGAUUCGGAAAGUACAACUGGAAGAUCGUCAAGAACUUGAUUGUAUUCAUUGUAGCCAUUCUGGCUUUGAUAUUCGGAUCGAAGGCAGCUAUCGAGGACAUCAUCGAUAUGUACUCGAGUAAGAAAUUGGAACCAAUACUACUAGGAAAUGGAACUACUCACGGCAACAACACAGUGAAUGGUACUCUUAGUGAAGUACUCACAAACGUCACCAGCACUUUAGCGUCCACUGUAGCGUCUUUAAAGUCAACCACGAGUAUACCUCCCACGACGGUGAAUUCAACGACGCUAUGAAUAAUUAGGCCAUUUAGGUAAUUUUUAAUAAACUUUCAGUAUUGUCGAAGAGGUGUAAUUUUUGGUGAAGAAACUAAGGAGGUAAAGUCAAAAAACGUUGCUGAGAAUAUCUACCGAUUACAAUUAUUGCGAAAAACAAUCACUUUAACCUUCCAGUUGACGCUCAAUUUAAUUUCUCAUGAGUGGGCGCGUGUCGUAAAUUUUACGUCUUUGUUUAAAUGAUGUUUUCUUCAAUAAAAUGUUGAAUAUCAAACAAAUUGAUAUUCUUCUUGUAGUGCCUAUUCGUUUCCGAUGUUGGCGACCAUCAUUGCAAUCUGUACUUUGCACACUUCUGCUCUAAAAAUAUUUGUGGUUGUUGUGUUGAACCACUUUUCUUUGCAAGAUUAGUUGCAGCAGUCCAUAUCUUUUGCUGUUCCUCAUGAUAUGACCGAGGUAUUCGAUUUUGGCUGUUUUUGUAGUGGUCAAAAGCUCUUUUCUUUUUGCAUUCUCAAAAAAGCACGCUGAUUAGUAAUGUGGUCGAUAUAAGAUAUCUUCAGGAUUCGACGAUAAAGCCACAUUUCGAAAGCAUCAAUUUUCUUGCAGGGUGACGUCUUUGAGAGUCCACGACUCAACUCCGUACAACAGUAUAGGAAAGAUUUAACAUCGUAGUAACCUGAUUUUUAUGAGUAUUGAUAAAUCAUAAAAUUUUAAUAGCUUAGCCAUUUUUUGAAAUGCAGAUCUUGCUUUCGCUAUCCUACUUUUGAUUUCUAGGGAAUGAUCCCAAUGUUCAUUGACGUUCGUACCAAGGUAUGUGUAUGUUUUUACUCUUUAUAUUUGUUGACCGUUCACACUGAUUCGACCAAAUUGCUGUUCCUUCUUAGAGAUCAUCAUAUAUUUUGUUUUCUUAGUAUUUAGUCGAAGUCCCUAUCGCUGACUUACUUCGGUGAUGCUAUUCAUUAAUUCCUGGAGCACUUCAGAACAGUCGGCGAAUACCAUCGUGUCGUCUGCGUAUCUAUUGUUAUUGAUACAUUCUCCGUUAAUUCGAAUUCCGGUUUCAACAUCAUCCACUGCUUCUUUAAAGAUUUCCUCAGAUUAUAUGUUGAACAGCAGUGGUGACAGUAUACAUCCCUGACAGACCCCACGUUUGAUUUUGAUAUUGUCAAAUUCUCCUGCCUCCGUCAGGAUAGACGAUCUUUGAUUCCAGUACAGAUUGCUAAUUGGUACAGAAAUUGAUAUAAGAAUAUAAAAAACUAUUUUUUUUAUAUUUGUUUACAAAAAAAUCAAACAACACCUCAAAAAUAUAAUAUUUUGAAAGAAUCUGACUGUUGGACAGAAUCAACAAUCUCAUUCGUACAAUAAUCUCAAACUUCUUCUUGCACGUAAAUGACUGAAAAUGGCAACACUUCAUUGAACCUAAGAACCUUUUCUUCUCCAUUACACGUUGCCGACACACACAUAAUAUUAAUAUAUUGAUAUAAAACAGCGCGUGUCCUGAAUUCAGUGGCGGAUCCAGCAUCGUUAAGAGGGGAGCUGAUUGGCUAAAUUUCUAUAAAAAUAAAUGAAUGUUUUUAUAGUCUAUAUAUACAUAUACAUAUAUACAGGGUGUCCAGAAACUCUACCGACAAACGAAGACAGGAGAUUCCUCAGAUAAUUUUAAGAUAUUUUAACCCAAUUCACCUAGUCCGAAAAUGCUUCCUAAGGGAGCUAGAACUCUUUGAAGAUGGCGUCGUGUAAUUAGUUUUUCUUAAAUAACUCCAGAACGCUUCUAUUGAGAAAAACGAAAAGUGGUGCACUUAUUUAUAUUCCAGAGAUAAAUCGAUUCCAUGCAUUGCGAAUUUCUAGUACCGGUCAUAGGCGUCCGUUUUGGGUAAGGCAACAGUUAUUUUAUCGCAUAACUUUUUUAUCUUUAAGUUUUAAGCCUUUUUGACUCUGGAUUUAUUAAAUUGUGAGGUAUUCUACAGCUAAAAGGUACUCUUGUUUUAAGUCGAUAGAAUACACCGUUUUCUAGAAAAAUCAUUUUGAAAAUUUUUCUUUUUUUGAAUUUCCGAAAAAAAUUUCAAAAAAAAACUAUUUAGAAAUCCGAAAAGUGGUACGUUUAUUUAUAUUUCAGAGAUGAAUCGAUUUCGUUAAUUGCGAAUUUCUAGUACGGGUCAUAUGCGUCCGUUUUGGGUAGGUCAACGGUUAUUUUAUCGCAUAACAUUUUUGUCUUUAAUUUUUAAGCAUUUUUUACUCUAAAUUAUUAAGUUACGAGGUAUUCUAGUAUUAAAAGUUACUCUUGCUUUAAGUUGGUAAAACACAGUUUUUUUUUUGAAAUUUUUUUAAAAAAAUUUUAAAAUUAAAAAAACGUAAAAUUUUCAAAUCGAUUUUUCUAGAAAACCGUAUGUUCUACCGACUUAAAGCAAGAGUACCUUUUAGUACUAAAAUACCUCACAAUUUAAUAAUCCAGUGUCAAAAAUGCUUAAAAGUUACAGACAAAAAAGUUAUGUGAUAAAAUAACCGUUGCCCUACCCAAAACGGACGCCUAUGAUCGAUACUAGAAAUUCGCAAUGGAUAGAAUCGAUUUAUCUCUGUAAGAUAAAUAUAUGCACCGAUUUUCGUUUUUCUAAAUUGAAGCGUUCUGGAGGUAUUCAAGAAAAACUAAUUACAAGACGCCAUUUUCAAAGAGCUCUAGCUCCCUUAGGAAGCAUUUUGGGACUAGGUGAAUUGAGCUAAAUUGUCUUAAAAUUAUCUGAAGAAUCUCCUGUCUUCGUUUGUCGGUAGAAUUUCUGGACACCCUGUAUAUUUAAAAAAAAAUUAAAUCACUUGGUUUGAGAGGGGGGAGCCGUUCGCCCCUCCCUGGAUCCGCCACUGCCUGAAUUUUACAAAUAACUAAAAUUUUUAAGGUAUCAUACACCUGUGCCUACACACGAUACGAUAUUAUAUCGAACCUCACAAACCCAGAAGCUGGAUGAGCUGACUGUUGACUGUGUGGUGUGAAUGUGAGGUACGAUCACGUGGUUUUGUCGUAAAAUUUACGACAGUGCGCCCGCUGGAAGGUUAAGAAACUGGUUCAAGAAAAAAUUAGAAUAGAGUUUUUUUACGUAUAACUGUAAAACUGUCAAUUCAUUAUUUAACCAGUUAAUUUUCUCAUAUAUCUAUAGGUAUCAUUAAAUCCAGUUCCGCUUGAGUUAAAUUAAUUUCCCUAUUAAUUCGUGUUUGUUUUCUCAAACAUUCACAGAUAUUUUUAACUGAAAUCUCCAUUUUAGGACUAUAAAGUAACUACAAAAACACCUCAAUUAAAUUUCUUCAAACUAUUAUUUUAUGUUUAUCUAGUAAAUCUAUUAUUUAUCAGUUCUACCUCUGAGUCAUCGAUUUCGUGAAUACUGUUAGUAGUCCCCAUUUGUUCCUAUUUUAGUUUUUAGGAAAUAUAUAAUUGUAUUCUACGUUUAUGCUGGUGUGGUGAAGUUCCUUUUUACUUUUUUAUUAAUAUUAUUUGAUAGUAUGUCAUAUAAAUCAUCUUCUCUUUUCAUUUAUUUAUUUUGUAAAUAACCAAUAACAAAACACAAAACCGUUGAAAAUGAGCUUCUUCCAAACAGUAUUAAUUAUUCUUAACUAAAAAUUACACCUUUUUGAAACACCCUGUAAUUCCUAAGGUAGCGUGCUGAUAAAUUGAGACGAUGGUUGGAGUUUUUUUAACCAAAUCAGUUGUCUUGUCGCACACGUCGAUAAAUCACUGAAGACGUUAAUUCUUUUCUUAUAUGGUUACCUCAUACUAAUAUCUUAUCAAAGUGGUUUAACCUACAGCAUUUUCUAAUGAGUGUACGUCAUUGAUAACAAAUUUAAUAGUAUGCUGAUACUGUCUGACAGAAUAGACAUAAUGAUAAAAUAUUGUAGCGUGCUUACGGUUAAAACAAUACUCUCGGUUCGUUUAUACGAAUUUAUUUAUACUAGUUACAGAUCGAAUUUAUAUUAUACACUAACUCUAUUUACAAAAAUUGUGCCUUAUACAUAAAUAUACCCUAGCCGUUUUUUCUGGAACGUUCCAGAAAAACGGAACCGCCCAUCACUAGUAAUUAUUGGCCUUGACCGUCGAUCAGUCGCGAAAAAUCGUCCAUCCAAUCGGUCGCUGACUCAUUAUUCCAGAUGUUUCCUCGUGUGAUGCGCUGUCGAGACGGAACCUGUUAUCUGCCGUCGGUAAUUCGUCACAACAUGUGAGAAAUACACGAUUGGAACUAUAAAGCGAGCUCUACACUCUCACAAAGUUAGUCGACGAAGUACUAGGGAAAGUUGUCCGAAGUGCAUCUCUACACACUCUUGUAACUUCGAGAACAUAUUCGCGCGGGGAGAAACUAACUUCGAGUCCUCUGACUCGGUCGCAAAAACCGACAGAAUGGAAGUAGCCCGAGUCGAAGCGAAGUCGCAUGAAAUACCUAUCUACACUCUCGUGCUCGCUGAACUUCGAUCAACGUCGCGAGUAGUAUAGUGGACGCUCAAGGCACCUAUAUAUUGCAAGGCACCAUACAACCUAUAUCUUGCUUUUAGAUCAUAUCUCUCAUUAUACUAAAUAACAAAUGUAGUCUCAAUGUUAAAUAAAACUACGGAAUUGCACUAUAUCUGUAAUAAUCACUAUUAUUACCUAUUACACUCGCUAACAAUAUAUUAUUCUUGUAUCAAAAACAAAACUAAAAACUACUUCCUAUCUUUAUCGAGUCAGAUAACGAAUCAUCCACACACAAGAGAGGUUGACCUUGAAAAAACACAUGAUCGUCUGCGCACUCGGCGCUCCACGUUAUCAAUAGAGCUCUAAUACAGGGUGCACCGACACAUUUGACUGCACAAAUUAAUUCUAAUAUCAAAAUAAUCAUUUUUUUUUCUUUUAAGGGGUUUUAAUUUGGACAAAAAAGCAAUUUUUAAAUAUUUUUAAAGGCAAAACUUUUUUUGCGCUUUUAGUUGAUUUUCGCCAAUGUAGAGGGCAUCUUCCAAAAUAUCCAUUUUAGUGUGGGAGACACUUCUGCCUUCCUGUAACAUUUUUUUUAAUUCCAACGGGAAACUUUUUAGAGGUCUAUUUAAUAGUCGUAUAUAAUAUAAAGUAUCAACACAAUUUUGGUUUACUGAGAUUGGUGUAGUAGAUUUUGAGAAAAACGUCUCCCAGAUUUGAAAAAUGGGAUUUUGAGAAAAACGCGUUUAAGGUAUCUUUACUGUAAUUUUAUCCAAUAAAAGGUCAUAUUUAUUUUUUCUCUAACCAGCGAUUCCUGGUGCAUAUUUCAAUGACCACCAGAUCCAGGCAUUUUUCCGAUUUUCAAAAUAGUAAUUUUCGACAAAUUUCAAUAAUAUAAAACACGUGCUCGCGUUUAUAAACCAACGCGUUUUAGAAACCAACUGUCGAGUUGCAGCUGCACAGGACAGGCGCCGUGCGCAUUGUUGUGUCCAAACUAGUUUUAGCUCACGCAGGUACCGUUAUAAAUACAGCUAUAACUUCGUUUCUAUAUGGAAUUUCUUAAUAUCUGUUGAUACAAUUUUAGAACAGUAUUUCUGUUACUAAGGAAUGUUUUUACGUAAAAAACAAAAACCUUUAAUUUAGAGAGAAGUCUCCUUAAGUAACUUUACGCAUAUGAAUGCGUUUAAUGUUCACAUGGAUCUUAAGUUUUGACAAUAAUUGUAACUACUAGCUAGUACUAUAACAUAGUUUUUGUUAUUGAUGACGUAUAUCGGAAUAAGUGGGUCAUAAAUAAUAGUAGUGAGUUAAAAUCUUGUCUAAAACAGGGAUCCUAAAAUCUCCAAAGGGUAAACAACACAUUUGAUAACAUAUUAUAUGAGGAUUUUUGUUACAUGUAAUUUUUAGUUUUUUUAUUAUUAUUUCUUGGGGCAUUUGUAGAUAUAAGCACGAGAAAUAACUUGUAAUAAAUGCAGUUCCUUCAUCAAAAAAGAUACAAUUCACGCAAUUUUCCGAAAUAUAUCUAUGUAUCAAUAGGUAUAUCAAUAUUCAAAAACGAAUUUAAAUAUCUUUAUGAGAUAACGUUCAGAAAGAUAAAUUUAUUUAUUCAAUUUGUAUUUUGGAAAAUCGUAUUUGGCUUUGGUGUACUAAGGUAUUCGCCUAAAUAAACUGUACUCUGUGUAUAUACGAGUAGACGUAUUUAAGAGUAUAUUUGUCGUAGGAGCAAGAUUUGUUAAUUUUCGUAUUUAAAUCGGUAAACACCUACUUAUUAUAGGAAUAUUUGUAGCGACGUGCUGUUGGUCUUGUAAUCAAGUAAUGAAAUCCACCUCUUCUUUUCAACCAGAUCCUUUGGAAAUACAAAGAAUCUACAUAUCCCUUUCUCACUAUAGUGUUUACACAAACAUUAUCAUUUUUAUUAUACAAAAUACAUACAACGGUUCACAAAAAUUCCUAACCUUUGCUUGGUGAAUAUCAUUAAAAAACUAUAUUUAUUUUCUAGAAAUUUAAGACCGAACAAUGUUGUUAUUAUCUUUAAAACGCUGUAGUUAAGCAGAAAAAACAGAAGAAACAGCAAAAUUUCAACUUUAUAGGAAUUAAAAAGGCUUGAGAUUGGGCAAAUCCUGGUUUUUCUACCUUUGUUUACAAAUAACAAUAUGACAGUCGUGACAUCACACUUCGGUUGUCAGCCUUAAAAUCUUUUCGUUUUUUUUUUAUAUUUAAACUAUAUUUAUGUUUUAUGUCAGACAUUUUCUACCAUGUAGAGUAUUUAUAGCAAAUUUCUAUUAAUGUAUUGAUAUAUUAUCACAAAAUAUUCGUAGUAAAAUUUUAAAUAAUUUCUUGUUUUUCUAAAUCAUACAUAUAGCAUACACAGCAUAUACAUAAGAUCGUCCCCCGGCGACGUCAGAGUGUGUGUACCACGUGACCUAUAAUCAUAGUUAACGCUCCCAGCGGAUACUGUUUAUUUUGGCAUAUUACCUUAUUUGAGUUAAAUAUAUGACAGCUGGCUUGUCAAUAUAGACUGAGAUUGUCUCACCAAGCUAAUUACAGCAAAAUUAUACUAAUCUUAAGGUUAAUUUACACAAUGUAACCAGAGAAAGCAUCUUCUUCAUUGGUUACGUUUCUCUUUAGUAGAAACAUGGUUUUACUGUGAUUUUGUUAAACUAUUUAUACCAAUUAAGUAUUUUUACUGUUUGUUUUUUUGCAUUUUAGGGUACUAUGUUUUUUAUUAAAUAUUUUUAGGUACUUUACAACUCUCUCCAGAGAAUAUCAUGUAUUUCUUUCUUAUUUAUUAUUAUUAUUGUAAGUAAAUCGAACACUUUGGAGAGAGGUGUAAUACAAAUUUAGUGAUAACUUAAAUCCCUUUUUGUAAAACAGAACUAAUGUGAAUAGAAUCAUACAAAUAAUUGUGUAGACCAAGUUAAUAAUUUUUGUACGUCUUUCAACUUUUAAAUGGUACUUAAACUAAUACUUCUACGGUAUGUCCUACCGUUAGGUUUUUAAUGCCCGGUUGCACCAACAGAUCUUAAGCUUAAGUCGAGAAUAUCAUAAGAAUUAAUAUAAUAUAAUUAUAAUAUAUUACAAUAAGAGUACCAUAAUAUAAUAGAUAUAAUUGAUAAUAAGGUAAGAAUCUAAAAUUAUGGUGCAACGUAAGUGAUACUCAAGGAGGCCCUAUUUAUAAGUAGAGCUUAGCUAAGCUGGAGCUUAAGAUCUGUUGGUGCAACCAGGCAUAAAAUAAAUAAGGUAAUAGGUAAUAGUAAAAACUUAAUCCACGCGUAGAGAAAUCAUUUGCCGAUUAUUGGAAUUAUUGGUUCCCGACAUUUCUUCUGUAAUGCAGAAGAUAUUGUCAAAUGCGAGAAGGGUAGUUUGUCUUUAACUCGAACAGUAUAAUUAUACAAACUGAUAAAUGAGACUAGUAUUCGUGUGACAAAUUUUUUUGAGCAUCUUUCUCUUUUUAUGGCUUUGUUUUUUGAUCAAUGUAUAACAUGAAAAGUCUAAUCUUACGUCAAGCUUCACCUUUGUAUUCCUGUGUUGCCAAAUUAUUAUCUCUCCACUACUAUUCCUUCUAGUAACAGAUUGUGACUGUCCGAUGACCUAUUUGCUUUGUUCGCAGACAGUCCAUGCCAUGACUGGUUUCUGACUGCGGAACUGCGCAUGCGAAUCAGUCAGAAACCAGUCAUGAACUGUCUCUGCGAACAAAGCUAUCUGACAUAUUUUGAUAUUUGACAUGCUUGUGUGGUUUUUAUUCCAUAUUAUAUUGUAAUGCCAGUUGUCCGAGAUUCUAAGAAUAUCUACAGCAUCGAAGGCCUUAGACAACUUCACAAAGUAAAUCUAUGCAGACGCGUUUUGCUGUAGUGCUUGUCUUUGAUUUGUUUCAUAAUUAAACUCACAUCUGUCACAUAUUUGACCCUUGUAACAGGUUGAUGCAUGUGUGUUAGAUAAUUGUGCUUCCAUUUUAAAACUAACCGAUGAAACAUUCGAUCCGCCCUUUUGUAUAUUCAGAAUAACCAAUGUGAUAUUAGAUUUAAUCUAUCAAUCCUAUUUCAUUGCGUAUAUAUUGACUUCUACACAAGUAUUGUAUGUUUUGUUUAAUAUCAUUGUGUUUUAGACCAAUUUACAGUUGUAGGUAUCUAAAUAGUUUUUUACAUUGUUCGAUUUUACUAAAAAUACGCUAGGCCGUUAUUUUUUGGCUUUAGUAUUUAUAGUAAAAAUGCCAACCGAGAAUUUGUAUUUAUUUUUAAUACUUGUACUACUAAGAGAAAUUUUUAUUUGUAAGAAAUUUUUGUAAUGUCAAUAAAAACUAAAACAUA